CUCAGCUGAUAGACAACAACGUCGGCUCUUGUAGUGACCGCCUCGGUCUCUUCUGCGACGAAACUGCUUUCUCUGGUCGUGUGGACGCUUGUGGGGGUUACAUUGCGUGUUCGAGUAUGAAGAACAAACACGACAACCAGGUGGAGUUUGAAGACGUGUCGUCUUUCGACGUGACUCUCCAGCAACUCAACGACUUGCUGACGGACGACGGCGGCUUUUACUGUUGGCCAACUAAAAACUUUCACGAGGUUUAUCCACGCAUUUACGUCGGCAAUGCGUCGGAGGCCAACAACGUGAUGCGUCUGAAGCGUUUGGGCAUCACCCACAUUUUGAACGCAGCAGAGGGAAACUCCCUCAUGCACGUGAAUACCAACCCUGAGUUCUACGCAGGCACAGGCGUGGUCUACCACGGUGUGCCCGCCAGCGACACGGAUCACUUCGACAUCGGCAUUUAUUUCGAGGAAGCCGCGGAAUUCAUCGCAGAAGCUCUGGCGUACAGAAACGGAAAAGGUAGGGUAUAUGUGCAUUGCAGGGAAGGAUACAGCCGCUCGCCCACCUUGGUCAUUGCCUACCUGAUGCUUCGCCAGAACAUGGACGUCCACAGCGCUCUGGCUACGGUGCGACACAACAGGGAGAUCGGACCCAAUGACGGCUUCCUUCGCCAGCUCUGCCGACUAAACCAGAGGCUGGCCGCCGAGGGAACGUUCUGGAGCAAAUGAAGCAGAGACAAAAAGUUGGUACUCAAUUACACGUGGACUGGACGGCUGACAAGGUAACCGUAAUUAAAACGAGCCACGGCUUGCAAAUUCACUUGUGACUUGGCCAGAGACACACUGCAAAAAGUCAGUGUUCAAAAACAAGAAAAAAAUACAAAAAUUAAGGGUAUUUUAUUUGAACUAAGCAAAAUUAUCUGCCAAUAGAACAAGAAAAUUUGGCUUGUUAAGACUUUCCAAAACAAGUAAAAUUAGCUAACCUCAAUGAACCCAAAAAUACCUUAAAAUAAGUAUAUUCUCACUAACAAGUGCACUUUUCUUGGUAGAAAAAAAAGACCUUUUUGCUCAAUAUGUUGAAAAUAUUCUUCAAAUUAAGUAAAUGCUAGUGCCAUUAUCUUGACAUAAUGAUAUGCGCUCGGCAUUACAUUUCUUGAAACCAGCAAACUUAUACUAAAAACUAAUUUAUUGUUCUUAAAGGCCUACUGAAAGCCACUACUACCGACCACGCAGUCUGAUAGUUUAUAUAUCAAUGAUGAAAUCUUAACAUUGCAACACAUGCCAAUACGGCCGGGUUAACUUAUAAAGUGCAAUUUUAAAUUUCCCGCUAAACUUCCGGUUGAAAACGUCUAUAUAUGAUGACGUAUGCGCGUGACGUCAAUCGUUGAAACGGAAGUAUUGGUACACCAUUGUAUCCAAUACAAAAAGCUCUGUUUUCAUCACAAAAUUCCACAGUAUUCUGGACAUCUGUGUUGGUGAAUCUUUUGCAAUUUAUUUAAUGAACAACGAAGACUGCAAAGAAGAAAGCUGUAGGUGGGAUCGGUGUAUUAGCGGCUGGCUGUAGCAACACAACCAGGAGGACUUUUACUUGGAUAGCAGACGGGCUAGCCGACGCUAGCCGCCGACCGCACGGAUGAUCGGGUGAAGUCCUUCGUCUUUCCGUCGAUCGCUGGAACGCAGGUGAGCACGGGUGUUGAUGAGCAGAUGAGGGCUGGCUGGCGUAGGUGGAGUGCUAAUGUUUUUAUCAUAGCUAAAUGAGGUCCUGUUGCUAAGUUAGCUUCAAUGGCGUCGUUAGCAACAGCAUUGUUAAGCUUCGCCAAGCUGGGAAUUAUUAACCGUGUAGUUACAUGUCCAUAGUUUAAUAGUAUUGUCGAUACAUCCAGUCAGGGAUGUAUUUAUUUUGUUUCUAUCUGCAUUUGAGCCCGAUGCUAUCACGUUAGCUCAGUAGCUGAAGAGCUUCGCCGAUGUAUUGUCGUGGAGAUAAAAGUCACUGUGAAUGUCCAUUUUGCGUUCUCGACUCUCAUUUUCAAGAGGAUAUAGUAUCCGAGGUGGUUUAAAAUACAAAUCCGUGAUCCACAAUAGAAUAAGGAGAAAGUGUGGAAUCCAAUGAACCCUUGUACCUAAGUUACGGUCAGAGUGAAAAAAGAUACAUCCUGCACUGCUCUCUAGUCCUUCACUCUCACUUUCCUCAUCCACGAAUCUUUCAUCCUCGCUCAAAUUAAUGGGGUAAUCGUCGCUUUCUCGGUCCGAAUCUCUCUUGCUGCAUUGUAAACAAUGGGAAAAUGUGAGGAGUCCUUCCUCCGGUGACGUCACGCUACUUUCGGUACAGGCAAGGCUUUUUUUUAUCAGCGACCAAAAGUUGCGACCUUUAUCGUCGUUGUUCUCUACUAAAUCCUUUCAGCAAAAAUAUGGCAAUAUCGCGAAAUGAUCAAGUAUGACACAUAGAAUGGAUCUGCUAUGCCCGUUUAAAUAAAAAAAAUUCAUUUCAGUAGGCCUUUAAUGGAAAGGCAACCGCUUGUUACUCUCGGGGUCUCGUAGCCGCUCAGGCAAAUCAUAUGGUCUAAAAAUGCAUUUUUCCAUCGAUAACAUGACAUCAUCGCGCCAAGUGCGUGCUCUUUCAGCCAAUUAGUGCACAUAUAUACAGCCCGGCCCCCGGCCAAAAAUUUUGUAAUUGUAAUUUUGGGGAAUUUAUCUAAAUGUGCAUGAACUAUUUCUGUUCAAAAUUGUUUGAAAUGUCAAAUGUUAAAUGUUUAAAUAUUAACUGUUCGUUUACUGUACUGUGCCAACUGUACUACUAUAGGAGUACGUAUUUUCUAUUGUUUCAUUGAAAAUAA